AUGCCAGGCGUUCCCUCAGGUCGGGCUUGUGAUUCCUGCCGUCAGCGAAAGAAAAAGUGUGAUGAGAAACAACCUGUCUGUUCGCGGUGCAUUCGCCUGAACCUGGUCUGCGUGGGUUCGGGCCAGCAGCGAUACAAAUUCAAACAACAUCAUCAACAUCAAUUUUCUCCAAAUCGCUCCAGCAAAGAUGCCCAGAUCAUGCCUCGUAGUAGGAUAAGACCUACGAAAGAAGGGAAUGGCGCACUUGCUAGGUCUCCGCCUGCUAUGCCACCCAGCAGUGAACUCACCUUGUUGCUGAAUGCGUUCAUGACUACCAUUAAACCAUCAACGGAUUUCAGAUAUAAUCUUCGGUGGUCCUAUGGGUUGUUCCUGACGGAUAUCCCGCAGCGCCUCGGUUCGAAUGAAGCACUCGACUGCUCUGUCGAUGCGGUGACAACUGCUCAUGCAAGUUUCUGUACUCACCGGAUCGCCUCCGUGGAAGCGCUCGCGAAAUACUCCCGCGCCCUACAAGUUCUCCGAGUCUGCUUGGAUGACCCCGUCAAAGCUCACUCCUCUAAUACGCUUUGCGCUGUGAUGAUGCUCUUGAUCUGUCAGGCCUUCCUUGGGCCAAGAGAUGGUUACUGGUCGGGCCAUGCCGAAGGUGCAGCACGUAUUCUCCGGGCGCGAAAGAGCUUCAGUCCCAGAGAUGAUUUUGAAAGAAAGUUGUUGCAUUCUUUACGUGCAUGUGUGCUGGUUGAGGGUCUCUUCAAUGAUAAAAUUGUACUGAGCCCCAACGAAUGGGAGAGACUCGUUGGGAACGACUUCGAUUACAACUAUCCUGAAAGUCAAAUGAUGCGAUUGCUAGCAUGGGCUCCAGACCUGAUGCAACGCGCAAGAUAUGCCCUACACACCGGAAAUGAUCUGACGGCAUUGCGAAACGAGACAUGGUCAAUUUACGAGAAAUGCAAACGAAAUCUGAGCACUCAGCAGGCCCUAUUAUCUGCUAUCGAAGCCUCUGAUACAACUAAGUCUUCUCCGUCAGAGACAUUUAUGACCCAGAUCUUGAACGCGCACUACCAACGCACCUAUGGAUUUGGUUUAGCGGUUGCUGCCCUCUUCAAUUGUAUGCUCAGUACAUUGGAUCCUGAAAACAGUGUCAUUGUGUUAGAUUCAACAUUUAUCGCACAGGAAAUUCUCUCUCUGGCUCCGCGUGCCACCGUAUACAGACCGAUUGGGGCGAGUUACUUUACUUUGUGUCUGUCAGCCGCGUGGGCUGUUACGACGGAUCCGCUGUUGCGGUCAUUGAUUGAAGUCUCUCUGGUCGACUACCUAAUGGAUUUCAAACUGCAGAAUGAGGCUGAUUUGCAGGACGCUCUGGAAUGGACAGCUCGAUGUAUGUGGCUUGGUGUGCCUGCUGGGGUAGAUGCUUGUGUUGCGGAGGUGUCACCGGUAACAAUGUAG